AGCGGCAGAUUGGCUACUGUCCAAAGAAUAACCCGAUGGUAACGAGACUCACAAGCCACGAGAUGCUGCAGCUGAUUGCUCGGCUGCGUGGUCUGCCCAGCACCGCGAUCGAAGAAGAAGUGUCCUUCAUCGAGGGAAAAGUGGGACUCCGGAACGUACGCGACGAAAGGGUCGACAAACUCAGGCCAUGCGACAAGCGCAAGCUGUCCGUGGGGCUCGCUUUGGUGGGGAGCCCCAAGUUGGUCAUCCUCAACGAGUGCACGCGCGAAAUAGACCCGAUGUCGCGGGGACGCCUCUUCCGCUGCAUCGAGAAGAUGCACAGCUGCGCUCAAACGAGCAUGGUCUUCGCCUCACACUGCCUCCGCGAGUGUGACUCGUUCUGCGACCGGGUUGCUGUACUGGAGAGCGGCGAGUUCCAGGUGAUCGGCGAGACGAGCCUGCUGAAGGAGGGCUGCAAGCAGCGCUUCACCGUCACCGUGCGCCUUACGAAGGACAAGGUGCAGGAGGGAGACUACAUUAAGACCGUCAACCGCGUCAUGAAGGAGCAGUUCCCCUCUUCGCUCAUCUCUGACAUCCGGAUGGACAUGCUGCAGUACACCGUCAAGGACACGGCCAUCCCGUGGAGCGACGUGUUCGUGCGCAUGGAGAAGAUCAACGAUGAGCUGCAACUUAGGAGGACUACGUGGUCUAAGGCAUGCCCGACAAUACAGACGCUUAAGAUCAACAGCGUUCAGAACGGCAACAAUGUGACAGUGGCUCAGGCUCUUGAGGCUUUCCACAAAAUUAAGCUCCGGAUCCUGUCAGUCACGGCGACUGCGGCACCCGAUGGUCUUGUCUCACGGAGUGGUCUGACUCCAGGUUCAGGACGUCUCGAGAGCUGGAACGCCUCGACGGGCAACAACUCCAGCUGA